CCCGGAAAAGAGAUGAAAAAGACCUUGACAUUGUGGAAUAUAGCUCAAUUACUCAAUGGGUGAUGUUUUAAUUUAGCCCUCUUUGUUUAUGCGAAGCGCCUCUUGUCACUUGCAGCAGUUAAUGGCUUCCUCUUCUUCUUCUUCUUCUUCUUCUUCUUCCAUUACUCCUAAACUAGAGUAUGAGGUUUUCCUUAGUUUCCGUGGUGUGGACACUCGAAAAAACAUCACCAGCCAUCUUUAUGAAGCCUUUCGUCAGAAAAAUAUUAAAACUUUCAUUGAUGAUAACCUUAUCAGAGGAGAAGAAAUUUCUCCAUCUCUUUUGAAGGCAAUUGAACAGUCGAAGAUCUCGGUUAUCAUUUUCUCUAAAGGCUACGCUUCCUCCAGAUGGUGUCUCAAAGAACUUGAAGAGAUAGUCAAAUGUAAGAACAAGUAUGGUCAGAUAGUAAUGCCGGUCUUCUAUGACGUAGAUCCAUCUGAUGUCAGGAAUCAAACUCGGGAUUUUGGGAAUUCGCUUGCUAAGCUUGAAAAUCGUUUUAUGGGUGAUUCGGAGAUGUUGCUGGGAUGGAGGAAUGCUUUGAGGGAUGCAGCUAACCUUUCUGGUUUUCAUUCAAAAAACUAUAGGGAUGAGGCAUCUCUUGUAAAUAAUAUUGUCGAUGAAAUCCUGAAAAGAUUGACUAAUGACUUUUCAACAAUUCACACCAAGAAUCUAGUUGGACUAGAUUCAUCAAUCGAGGAGAUUGAAAAUUUGUUAUGUACAAAGGGUGUUCGCAACAUAGGAAUUUGGGGCAUUGGAGGUAUAGGUAAAACUGCUCUUGCUACUGCUGUAUUCAACAAAAUUUUUAGACAGUUUGAAGUUUCUUACUUCGCUCAAAAUAUUACAGAAGAAUCACAAAAAAGCGGAGGACUAAAUGACAUGCGCCAAAAACUCCUUCGUGCACUCUUAGGGGAUGUAAAUCCCAAUGUUGAAUUCAUCUUCUCAAGAAAAAGACUUAGCCCCAAGAAAGUUCUUAUUGUGUUUGAUGACGUGACUGCAGAUUUAAAACAAAUGGAUUUUUUAAUGGAAGUUUCUGACUACUUGGAUUCAGAAAGUCGAAUAAUCAUAACAACAAGGGAUAAACGAGUGCUAACAUAUUGUGGAGUGCAUCACAUACAUGAGAUGAAAGAAUUAUCUUUUGAUAAAGCCUUUCAACUUUUUACCCUAUAUGCCUUUAGAGAAAACAGCCCAACAGAAGAUUAUUUUGGGUUAUCAUCAAGAGCAGUAGCAUGUGUUAAAUGUCUUCCAUUGGCUCUUAAAGUUCUAGGUUCCUUUCUAUUCAAGAGGACGAAGAGAGAAUGGGAAAGUGUACUAAAAAACUUUGGAACACAUCUUCCUGUGGAUGUCCACGAGGUGUUGAAAAUAAGUUAUGAUGGAUUAAGUAAUGAAGAGAAGAUUGUGUUUUUGGAUAUUGCAUGUUUCUUUAAAGGAUAUAAAAGAGUUUUCAUAGAAGCAAACUUGAAUGAUCAUAACAUAGAUGCUCAUAUUUGUAUAAAUGUUCUCAUUGAAAGGUGUCUCUUAACUAUAUCAUUUGACACCAUAACAAUGCAUGAUUUACUGGAAGAAAUGGGUAAAGAAAUUGUUCGGCAAGAAUCAAUUGAUAAUCCUGACGAACGUAGUCGGUUGUGCGAUCAUGAUGAUAUACUUUCAGUAUUGAAGAAUAAUACGGGAACUAGAGCAAUUCGAAGCAUAUGCUUGGAUAUGUCUAAAGUAGAAGAGUUGCAUUUAAAUCCUAAAGCUUUCAACAACAUGCAAAACCUAAGAUUCCUGAAAUUUUAUGGGUCUGAACAUGGAAUGAAGGUAUCUGACUCUGAUUCCUCUACAUUGUGCCACAACUUAAGAUGCCUGAAAAGAAAAAACUCCAAUGAUGGAAAGAAGUUGCAUGGUUUUAAGAAACUUAAGUUUGAUUUCUAUGAGAUAAGGCACUUUUGCUUUCAUGGAUAUCCUGCCAAAUCAUUGCCGUCACAUUUUAAUCCAAAGAACCUUGUUGCACUUUACAUGCCUAAUAGCAAAGUUAAAAAACUCUGGACUGGUAACCAGAUUGCCUAAUGACAUGGGAAAUUUACAAACUCU